AUAAAUUUCGAAAUUUUUUUUCCUUUUUAAAAGAAAAAUGGGUCGGGAUAUUCCUGUGAAAACAGACAAAGCUUACCGCCAGCUUAAAACUACGGUAGACAAACAAAACCGCAAGAGAGCAAAGAUAUCUCCCAAAGAUCAAGGAACAUAUGUGGAUGGUCAUAGAAACAUUUCAGUUGCCAUCGACUCUAAAGAUUUGACCAAAUCUCUGAAAACAACAUCUAGUGAGUUGCUUCAGUUGGAAGAUGAAGGGGAUGUUAACAGUAUUCUUUACAGUCGUCAGGCUCUUCACUUUGGAGCAAAGAAACAGUUUCAGAAAUCUAAGAAAUACUUUUCUCUUGCUCAUCUCAUGAACCCUGAUGAUACAGAAAUUCUUUCCAGCUACGCAGCAUCCCUGCUAUCAUGUGGUGAACACGAUCAAGCAAUGGAGUAUGCAGAACUUGUUUUAAGGUUGGAUCCUUAUUCUGUCAAGGCAUUGUCAGUGAAGGCUGAAUCUCUUUACCAUACCUGCUGUUUCGAGAGAGCACUUGUUAUCUUCUUGAGGGUUUUGAGGCUCUCACCUGAACAUGAAAAUGCCAAGUUAGGGACUGCUAAAUGCCGGAAAACAAUUUUGGAUUGUAUUGGAGGAGAAAACCUGUUCUCAUUCAAGGGUCUACAGGAGGCCAUAAAUAAUUGUAAAAUGAAACCUGUUAGAAACAAAGAUGAGAAGAAGUUUAGAAAGAAGAAAGAAGAUCAAGAUUCCAAUAUUUCACGAGGCGGAAGGGUUAGGAAAUCUGACCGGCUCAGUAUUGAUGCUGAAUAUUUGACUGGUUUACAAAGUAUAUUAGAAACCCCAUCCUUAGCAGACGAGGAGAAUAUAGGAAGAUCUUCACAUCCUGAAUGUACUUUGGGGUAA